AUGGCGUUCAAAAUCUCUCGAGUUCAACGACUGAGUGCUGUGAUCGGGAUCUCCCUCAGCUUCUUUGUGGCAGAGAUAUCCGUCGGCUUCUAUACGCAUUCUCUAGCUUUGAUAGCGGAUGCAUUUCACUACUUGAAUGAUUUGGUUGGGUUCGUUAUUGCACUCGUGGCUGCAAUUAUUUCCGGGAAGCAUAACCCUCCAAAAACUCUGACAUAUGGAUGGCAACGGGCACAACUGCUGGGCGCCUUCUUCAACGGAGUCCUGUUGUUCGGGCUAGGAAUCAGCGUAUUUCUUCAGUCAAUUGAGCGGUUUGUGUCAUUACAAGAGGUUGAGAAACCGAAGUUGGUUUUCAUCAUGGGAGCCAUUGGCUUUGGUCUCAACAUAAUAAGCAUUCUGUUCUUGCAUGAUCAUGAUCAUGGCCAUGAUCAUAGUCAUGAUCACCAUGGCGUGGAACACGAAGUUGCCCCCCCUGAGAAUUUUGAUUCGGUAGGGUUAUUCGACGAAAAGCACCUUCACCAUAAACACUACGAUGCGUCCAAGACCGGCCCCCACUGUCCUAAGCGUGACCUAGCUAUGAUGGGUGUCUUGAUCCAUGUACUUGGAGAUGCUGGAAAUAACCUGGGAGUUAUGGCCGCAGCAUUGGUGAUCUGGCUGGCUCACUACGGUGGAAGGUAUUAUGCAGAUCCGGCGGCGAGCAUGGGAAUCGCAUUGAUGAUUUUGGCCUCUUCUAUUCCCUUAAUCAAAAAAGCUGGCCUCAUCCUGUUGCAGAGUGCUCCGAGUGGGGUAGACCACGACGAUGUGAAGCAUGACCUGGAAAAGGUACCAGGGGUUCUCGCCGUUCAUGAACUCCAUGUCUGGCGGUUGAAUCAGGCUAAGUCAUUGGCAUCCGUCCAUGUCACUUUGUCCGACGAUGAUAUGUCCACAUUCACCACUGCUGCUAGAACCAUCAAUGAGUGCUUCCAUGCAUAUGGAAUACACUCAGUCACCCUUCAGCCUGAGAUUCUGGCGAACCUGAAAAAUUUGUCCACCGUGGCCAGUGAAUCUGCUAUGAGUGAAACGAGCAUCGCGAAGACCGCAAAGCAAUGCCAAGUUGUUUGUGGAAGCUUAUGUCAAAAUCUAAUUUGUUGUGACUAG